CAUAAUAUGUGUUAACGUGAGCUCAAUGUCAAAUAUUACUGCCAUAUAGGUGAUGUGAUAGUAGAAGGGGUUUGUACCGAUAUUGGUAUGGACAAGGCACAACUAUGAAUGCCGCAGUGUUGUUUUAGCGGUCGACCUCAUUGGCGGUAUAUUACUACCUAUAUUAUACGUUUGUAGCAGUAAAGCCUGUUCAAAUUUGUUUCCCUAGAGAAAGUUAACUUAAUAUACAUUUUUGUGAGAGUGUUUUUCUAGUCAAUUACAAGAUUUUGAUUUUUACUAACUAUGCCUGUGCCAAAUGGAAAAAUCGAAACGAAUAGUCAUAAAAAACAAAGGAGAUGGUCACUGAUUGGAAUUUUAUCGAAAAAAAAAAAAUUAAAAAAAAGUCAAGAAAGUAUGGAUUUUUGUCCAUAUGAUGGAAAAAUUAAUCAAAAAGUAGCAAAAAACAACCAUUUAGAACGUUCGAAUGAUUACCUUAUUCAGCAGUAUACUUGCAGUCCCAGGCAAAUAAGAAGAUGUAAUUCAUUACAAUACACAGGCAAAACGUCCGUGUACUCGAAUAUUACCAGUCAACCAACAUCAAUCGAAUGGAAAUCAUCACAACAAUCUGUUUGUAGCUCUAGCUCAAGUGCGUGUUAUAGUGAUAUUGGUGUGUAUAGAAAUUGUGGGUUAAGUAGUAAUCGAUCGUCGUACUAUAUUGAAGAAGAAAAUGAGCAAGCAUCUCCGACCAUGGAAAAUUUGCCUUCUAGGUGUUCGUCUGAAAUCGGUGAUUAUCAAAAUAAAACUCGUUAUCUCCAAAAGUACCAUCAGCCUCCGGCGGUAAACCAUACUAGAAUAAUAGGAAAAAAAAUUCCACCCCCUCCUCCACCCAGGGAUCCGAAUGUAAAAGCGGUGUAUUAUUUUAGAAACAAUAGACUCAUGUCGCGUGAAUCGGAUUCUACAUAUUUUUCUCAGGGUUCUGAUGAUAAUAUUCCAGACCAAAUUAACGAAUACGACAUUAAAUGUAAAAACGAAUAUUAUGAAAAAGAACCGCCUCGAAGCAGACGACCGAUUCAAAUAUAUGACGUUGAGACUUUGUCCACCGAGUCUGAGAACUCGGAGCUAAGGACACAAAGCGUAGAAGAAGCUAUUCAAGAGUUAGAAGACAUUUAUAAUAGCCUAGGACUGAGCGAUGAGGAUUUGCUGGACAGAGCAGAACGGCGAGACCUGCCUACGUUGCAUCAAAAUAUGCAAUAUGAAAGUUUUGACGAGUUGGACGGUGUAACAUUUAAAAGAUUACUACCCAAGACUCGACGGUCCAGAGUACCGGAUAUCGUGUCUGACGACAUGGCUUACAGAAGACUGAACAAAAAAGAACCGACACGGUCAACUUUCGUUCCUGGAAGUUUUCUCUUAGUAUUGCCGACGGUUUACAAUGUGGAUAAAACUAUUAAGCGGUCCGAGGAAAAACCGUCCGGCGAACCUGAUAUCACUCUCGAUGACGUUGUGUUCAGAAGUCGCAGGCAGCACCUUAACUUCCUCAAGAUCUCGGAUCCACAACCACCGUUUGGAAUUCCUUUGGGUCCGAUCGUAGGAACGGCCGCCAGUGAUUAUUUGCACGCGGUUCCCGAAGGCCGGUACAAACCUUCAUUUCAUCCGAGAAAAGUGCCGGACACCGUCGAAGACGAUCUGGCGUUUCGGACGCUCCGAAAGGACAACAAGUACAAGACGUGUAUCGACUUUUCUUUCCUACACAGGAACAGAUUGAACACGGACUAUCUGCUUCCCAGGCCGGAGAGAAAUAGCAGGAUAAAUAACGACACGCAUUGGAUGGCGAGGAGAUCGGCGGCCGGCGAACAGACUAGUAGUAAUAAAAGCCGAGUGAAAUUCUUGUUCGACCGUCCGGUCGGAGACGGACGACGUCAAAACCUGAUGGUAGUGAAAAUCAAUCACCAUAAACCGAUUAUAUUGUCUGGGUUCGAUUUAAACGAAGCCAAUCAAUUGAGUGAGUCUUUUUUUUGCACGAAAUCGUUACAGCACGAGCAUCAUCGUAGCAACAGACUACGUUUAACGAACCGCACAUGCAGCGCUUCUACGCCGAACGGCGGCGGCGCGUCACAAUCGUUAACAAUUUCUAACCGCGCGUCAGACGGACCCGAGUGGUCGGCCGAGGUCGUAACGCGCCAGCGUCGCGCGAAAAGCCACCGGCACGCGAGUGUCGGCGUCCCGCAGCUCGAGGCGGCCGUGAAACGCGAGUCGGCCAGCGUCGGUCGGGACGCGCGACCGUUGGUCGUGCAGUUCACGGAUUUGUCGGCCGACGACGGUCGGUCGGCACGCGGCUGCGGCAAAAGCCAACCGAACUUCCGCGAGCUCAUUCUGCGGGAAUACCGCAGCUACAGGUAUCCGCCGUCGACGACGGACGACCGACUGCCGGAAGCCGACCGGUCGCGCGGAGCGAUCGACGUGAUCGACGAUCGCGUCGCGAGUGACGACCGCGACACGACGAACAGUCGCGCGACCACCGCCGCCGGUUACGCGUGUCCUGCCGAGACCGGGAGCCGGUUCGAAUCCAGCUGCAACGUCGCCGCGACCGGGAACGUCCCGGAAAACCGUACCGAGACGACCGAAAGACCGGUGGACCCGUCGUCAUCUUCGCCGUCCGCGGAGUACCCGAAUCGCGCGCCCGGAUAUCUGGAGGUGUGCUUGUACAUCACGAUAUAUAUUUACCAUUUGUUUAGCGUAAACGCGUACAGCACGUACAUAGCGUUGAUAUUUCUCGUAGCUUUACAUCUUUGUAGACGCCUGUCUUAAAACGGCUAUAAUAAUAUGAAUACCUUUGUUUUGCAACAGUCUACCUGUCGUUGAAUUAAUGUUUUAAGCUUUUUGUUGCUUUUUUUUCUACUACUACUACUACCACUUCUACUAUUACCAUUAUUGUUAUUAUUAUAAUAUUAUUAUUAUUAUUAUUAUUAUUAUUAUUAUUGUUAUUAUAUUUAUUCGUUAUGCGCAAGUGUUAUAUUAUUCGGUGCAAACCAAAUGUUUGUGUAUACGGUAUACGCGCUGUGUACGUUUAGUCGGUUUCGUAAUAAAAAAAUAAAAUAAAAAAAAUA